CUUGGGAUACCUGAAGAAAGAGUGAUGUUUUAUUUAUUUUUUUGUCAUCGUUUCCUCUUUGUUAAUAUCUAGGUUUCAUUCACGUCUAUAGGUAUAAUAACAAAUGGUCCUUUAAAAGCUUUAAAAAAUCAGAGAAAACGCUCUCUGGUUUUAAUCAUGCAACUGUGUUAUUAUAACAAUUUUGUAACCUCAAUUUCAUGAUUCAUUUCUCCUCUAAAACCCUCUCCAAACCCAAAAGAUAGUGACGCAUUUGAGGUCAGCCACCACCUCCAUUGAAGUGAAGAAGCUUGAGAAAGAGAAAGAGAGAGACAAAAAGAGAGAUUAUAUUGUAGUGUGGUGCAUCGUUUCAAAAACACACAACAAAAAGAACCGUACGAAACUUUUGUCUCUUUCCGUGUUGUUGUUAGCUAAUGACAGAACUCAACUUCCUCCUCCUCCCAAUAAUCUCCGAUCGCUUCACCACGACGACGACGUCACCGUCUUUCUCAUCACAUUCUUCUUCUCUUCUCUCUUUCACCAAACGGAGACGAAAACACCAACCUUUAGUAUCAUCCAUACGCAUGGAACAGUCACAGUCACAAAAUCGAAAAGACAAAGUCGUCGUCAUUUUAGGAGCCACCGGCGCCGGAAAAUCAAGACUUUCCGUCGAUCUCGCCACUCGUUUUCCUUCAGAGAUCAUAAACUCCGAUAAAAUCCAAGUCUACGAAGGAUUAGAGAUCACAACGAAUCAGAUUACGUUACCAGACCGUCGCGGCGUUCCUCACCAUCUCCUCGGCGUUUUAAACCCCGAACACGGUGAACUCACCGCCGGAGAGUUUCGCUCCGCCGCUUCAAAUGUCGUCAAAGAGAUAACCACUCGUCAAAAGCUUCCGAUAAUCGCCGGUGGAUCUAACUCUUUCGUUCACGCAGUCUUAGCUCAACGAUUCGACCCAAAGAUCGAUCCUUUUUCUUCCGGGUCGGGUUUAAUCAGCUCCGAUUUGCGUUACAAGUGUUGUUUCAUCUGGGUCGAUGUAUCGGAGACUGUACUUUACGAUUAUCUUCUCAAAAGAGUCGACGAAAUGAUGGAUUCAGGUAUGUUCGAAGAGCUAUCUGGAUUCUACGACCCGGUUAAAUCCGGUUUAAAACCCCGGUUUGGGAUUCGGAAAGCUAUAGGUGUACCGGAGUUUGACGGUUACUUCAAAGAGUAUCCACCGGAGAAGAUGAUAAAGUGGGACGAUGCUUUAAGAAAAGCGGCGUACGAUAAGGCGGUGGAGGAUAUCAAAAGGAACACGUGGACGUUAGCGAAGAGACAGAUAAAGAAGAUAGAGAUGCUAAAAGACGCUGGUUGGGAAAUAGAAAGAGUUGAUGCAACGGCGUCGUUUAAAGCGGUGAUGAUGAAGAGUUCGUCGGAGAAGAAGUGGAGAGAGAUUUGGGAAGAGCAAGUGUUGGAGCCAAGCGUAAAGAUUGUGAACCGGCAUUUGGUGGAAGAUUAGGUUUUUUUUUUUGUUUUUCCAGCUAUUUUACAGCUCAUUUUUGGGAACUAUUUUUGAAAUAAUAAAAUUGGAAGAAAAAAAAGACAUUUUUUUGCUGUUGUUUGGUUUUAUUCUAGAAAAAACAUAGAACACAUAUGUCCAUUUUUAGUCCUUAAAAAAACUAAAUCGAUGGGAAAUAUUUUUCAAUGUUUGAAAAAAGUAAUUUAGUAGUAACAGUUUCUUGUUUUUUUGUGUAAUGUGUACCAUAUAUUUUUUCAAAAGUUAUAAUUUUGAUUUAAAGUUUUGAUCGUUAGGAAAAUUAGGAGCUCUUUUUUCCUUGUUUGUUUGUUGUAGUCUGCAGAAAUGUUGUGUAUUGAGAAGAAAGCAACGGCAUGGAGAGAGAGUGUUUGCAUUUGGCGUCAGAACAAAUAAAACCUUUUUGUAUAUAUAUUUUUUUUGAUAGAGUUCUUGUAUUUUUUGUUAUUGUAUAA